GCACCACCCAAACCCUACAUGUGAGGGCAAUAUCCCAACACUCCCUGAGCUCUGGCAGCUCAGUGCCAUGCUUGCUGCCCCAAGGAUCUGCUCCAUGCCCAGCUGAUGCAGAAUCUUUCCCUAAUCCCCAACCUGAUCCCCUGAAGCAGCUCCAGGCUGGUCAUCUCUGGUGCACACACAGCACCGACGUCACCUUCGUGCCCUGGACAGGGACAAGAUGCCCAGCCCCAGCUCCAUCCCACUGCCCAGACCCCUGGGGCUGGAGGUUGGCUACUUGUGCCAACUCCCAGAGGUGACAGCAGGGUUGCCGUGGGUGGGUAUUUGCUGUCUCCAUACCCACACACAUAUAUAUAGCUAAAGGACAGCAGGUAGCCUAAUCCCAUGCAUGAUCAACAGGUAUUUUCGACAGCUAAGAGCUCAGGAAGAGAUCGGCUGAAAUUAAGGGUGCCGUGACACCGCUGGUGCCCAGAGCUGACAGAGCUGCCCUGGAUAAAGGCAGCUGGGAGCAGAGCGGGAUGCCGGUGCUCAGCACGGUGCCGUUCCUGAAGCCCACCCACCUGCAGGGCCCACGCAAUUCUCCCAGCCGCCAGCGCCGGCACACACUGCCUGCCAGUGAGUUCCGCUGCCUCAGCCCCGAGGAUGCCGUCAGCGUGUUUGAGAUUGAGAGGGAAGCCUUCAUCUCCGUCUCCGGUGACUGCCCGCUGCACCUGGAUGAGAUCCGCCAUUUCCUGACGCUGUGCCCAGAGCUCUCCCUCGGCUGGUUCGAGGAAGGGCGCCUGGUGGCCUUCAUCAUCGGCUCCCUCUGGGACCAGGACAGGCUGAGCCAGGUAGGAGCCGGGCUCAGGGUACACGGAGCAGAGCCUCGGGCUGCCCUGCACAACCCUGCUAACGGCCCCGUUCCCUCCCUCCAGGCAGCACUGACCCUACAUGAGCCGCGGGGCACAGCAGUGCACAUCCACGUGCUGGCCGUGCACCGAACCUUCCGGCAGCAGGGCAAAGGUUCCAUCCUGAUGUGGAGAUACCUGCAGUACCUGCGCUGCCUGCCCUGCGCCCGGCGCGCCGUGCUCAUGUGCGAACAUUUCCUCGUGCCCUUCUAUGAGAAGUGUGGUUUCAAAGCUCUGGGUCCCUGCCAGGUGACAGUGGGCGCGUUGGCCUUCACUGAGAUGCAGCACGAGGUGCAGGGCCAUGCCUUCAUGCGCAGGAACAGCGGCUGCUGAGCCCUGCAGCCCAGCUGCACACCAGCCUCACUGCUGAGGGAAGGAUGGGGGGUGAAUACUGUGAGCCCUCUCUCCAUCCCCACCGUGGCUGCACAUCUUUCCCUGCUGGCCCCAGCCACAGCUCCCUGCCCACACAUCUGCCUUUUGGCCAAGGGAUGAGCGUGGCCCCAGCUCAGCCCUGUGCCUCACUCUCCCAGCGCUGGGGAAAAAUCCAGCCUGCAAGCACCGAGCCUGCACCCUCCCCUUCCCCCCUCCUAUAGCUGGGGCUGUGCAACCAAAGGAUCCAUUAGGGAUGGAAAGGCCAAGAGCCUCAGCAGAGCCUAUAAAUCUUGAGCCCCCGGCCCAGGGUCCCCAUCCCCAGCACAGCCCAACACCAGGCACGAAGCCAAGCCCUGCUCUGAGCAGCCCUUGCAGCCACUUCUCACCCAAAGGCACUUUUAUAGCAGAGCCCCAGGGCCACCCCAAAUCGUACAGCCAGGAUCCUCCCUGCAGGGUCAGUCCUGCAUGCAGACAUCACCUGCCCAGAAAGAGCCCUCUGCAAAUGCCUUGGUCAGUUGUGAAGCAGCAAAUAAAGAUGCAGUGAUAGUUUUCUACUUGCUUGCCUAUCUUUGCCCCCAGCUCCAUGCACAGCCCAGACACAUCCACUGCUUUUUGGGGUGUCUCAGCUUUAAGUGAAAUGGGGCAGAUGUGCCCCAGGGUAUCUGAUGGGGUGAUGCUGCCCUUGGGCAAGGAAUGGAGGCUCUGUUGGGUCACUGUGCCCUGCUACAGGAGGGGUUUUUAAAGGGGAAUUGGGGACAGCAUCCCCCUGCAAAGCAGGGACAGCCCUAGUGACUGCUGCCAAACCUCCCAUCAAAAGCA